UCUUCUCGUUGCUCCAUUCCUCUCAUCUACAACACCACAAGUACAUAGAAGAGGCGAUCAAGAACAUGCCUCUGUGGAUGAACAUGGUGACGGCAGCUGCAGCGACUUCGGUGGUGGCCGGGCGGAGUAAGGAGAUGGCCCGAGUCACGGGGCCGUGGAGAGCGGAGGAGGACGAGGCGCUGUUGCGUCUGGUGGAGCGGCAUGGUCCGAGGAACUGGUCGCUGAUCAGCCGGUCCAUCCCCGGGCGGUCGGGCAAGUCGUGCCGCCUCCGGUGGUGCAACCAGCUGUCGCCCCGGGUGGAGCACCGCCCCUUCACUGCCGAGGAGGACGAGGCCAUCGUCCGCGCCCACCGCCGCUUGGGCAACAAGUGGGCCACCAUCGCCCGCCUCCUCUCCGGCCGCACCGACAACGCCAUCAAGAACCACUGGUACUCCACCCUCAAGCGCAAGUCCUCGCCGCCGCCGGUCGACGACGCCGAGGGGUUUGCCAUGGCAGUGGAUCUCAAGGACGCGCCGGCGGAAAGGCCGUUCAAGAGGGCGAGCUGCGUCGGGGCGGCGUACACGUCUGCGGACUUGGUGAUCUGCCUGAGAUCCGGGAGCCCGUCCAUGUCGGAUGUGAGAGACUGCAGCCAUCCGGCUGUGUGUCUCGUUAACCGUCCGGUUCUGAGGACCGGUGGAGUUGCUGCUUCUCCUCCACCCUUGGCCUCUUCCGCUGCCAACGCGGUCGAUCCCUCGACGUCCUUGACGCUGUCACUUCCCGGAUCGGAUCACGUGGGCACAUUCAACCGCCACCAGGGCAGGAGCAGCAGCCACAACCACAGCCAGCAUGAAACGACCGCCUCUGGCCACAGCACGCGGCAUCUGCCGUUCCGACUCAGCGGCGAGCAGUUCGCGGUAAUGCACGAGAUGAUCCGCAGCGAGGUGAGAAGUUACUUGUCAGGGCCGGACCACAGCAACGUCAUGCGAACGCAGCCGCCGCCCGAGACGGCCAUCCGUGGCGCCGCCAUCAAAGGUGUUGGCUUUCGACCUGUACAGUGAAAGACAACAUGUGAGAUGAGAAAAACGAAAAGAUAAUCUUUAUCUCUUAUUCUGAGCACGACGAACAGUGUUCCUUCGCAGCGAACCGAUGCGGCCGGUGACAGCUGAUCGAUAUAACCCUUGUAUGCCUCAUGUCAUUGUUCAACACACAGGAAGACGAGGUGGACUUAGCGAGGCAACUCAAUGGAGUUGGAACCUCAAGAGUGAAGGCCGGUAGGAAUAGCAAUGGCUAUCACCAGCCAACGAAGCAGCAGCAGCGAUGGGAGAAAGCAUAAACAGAAGAAGAAAAGAGGCCAAACACUGAUAAAAGGCAUCACCGAAGGAAGUUGUUGAAGAAAUCUGAUUCCAUGCGAAGAUGGAUGCCAAUCUGUCUAUGGCGCAGCAGGGAGAAGAGCUUCUGGAGGGCUUCAAGGAGGGAGUCGAUUUAAUUGUGAGUGUGGAGGUCUAGCAAGAAUGUGGGUCAGUAUUGGCUCCUGUGAGUGACAAGUCUGUGUUAAAGCCAGAUCUGAUGCAAGACCAAAGGGGACUAGGGUUCACCGGGUACCGUGUUCCGAAAGGAGAGAGAUUACCUCUGAAUUGGAUCCAGCUUCGCGUGCUUA